CACCACCAAGAAAAAAACCUAGGGCCGGAUUCCAAGACCGCAAAAUCUCUCAACUCAUUUAUGUCUCCGGAAGCUGAAGAAGACGAAGACGAAGACGAUUACAGCAACAGAGAAAGGGAUAAAAACAAUAGAAGGAACCAAAGGAGAAGAGCUUUUUGGAUUUCCCAAAGCAACUGUCGAAUCUGAUUGAAUUUUUCACUUCGUUGGCAGCGCAGAGAGGAAGGAGUUAAAGUAGAGGUAGAGAGUGAAUUGGGAGAAACAUUUUUGAGACUCUGAGCUAGGGUUUAAACUUGAAGGGGGUAGUGGUUAGAUGGGUCCAUCUAGGAAGGCUUGUAGAAAAGCAGCAGAUGUUUCCCAGAUUAAUACAGAGGAUGGUGUGGAGUUGCAAAUUACUGAAUGAUGUUACAAAAAACAAGAAAACAAGUCAUGGAAGACGUUUAAAUAAUGAACACGUCGCUCUGGCAGCAACAAGUGAUAACGAUGAGGUGAUUCCAGAGAGGAAGAAGAAGAAGGGUGAGAGUUGUAAUACCUCGAAAGAUGACAAUCCGGAUGAAGAGCUGGUGGAAGAGAGUGCACAGAAUGGUAAUGACGAAAGCUGUAGUUCUCUGUUACCGAACACUGAAACUAUGCCUGAGAUGACAAAUAGACCGAAUUCGGAAAUCGAGGUUGGGGUAGGUGAUCAUACUGUUGAUGAGAAUGAUAUAGGUAAAAACACAAAAACCAGGAGGAAGAAGAAGAAGCGUAUUGAAUCUCAAAUUGAUGUUCCAGAUAAAACUCCACAGGUGGAAGUAGAGAAAUCUUUAGUAGAUGGUAUGGAUACAGAUGCAGAUCUCACUCAAACUAUCUCUGAGAUGAAAAAUAGACCGAAUUCGGAAUUUGAAGUUUGUGGGGCUGCAGAUUGUGUUACUGAAGAUGAUACAGGUAAUACGAUAAAAACUAAGAGGAAGAGGCGUACUGACUCUCAAAACAAUGAUGCAGAUGAAACUCCACAGGUGCUAAUGGAGAAACCUUUAUCAGAUGGGAAUGAUACAGGUAAAACGAUAAAAACCAGCAAGAAGAGGAAGACGCCUCUUGAUUCCCUAGAAGAUGAUCCAGAUGUAACUCCGCGAGUGAGAAAAGAGAGAUCUUUAGCAGAUGUGAUAUCAUCAUAUAAGAAGCAGGAACAUGUAGUUCCUGUGCACAUGGAUCAUGAAGUCGACAGUUGAGGAGACUAGCAGCCCUUUAAAACAUCAGAAGAAGAAGAACAAAAAGAAGAAAAGCUUACUCGACUCCUGUGGGACGCAGUUGUUACAGAGCAAAGAGCAGUCCCCUAGCUUGUCUCUCGAAGUUCCGAAAGCUAGUUCAAAGAAAAGUAAAAGGGAAAUCAAAUCAGAGAAGUCCUCGACCAUGGAUGUUUCCCUAGGUUUGUCUUCCGCUGAAGAUUGUGGUCCUGCAAGCAAGAGGAAGAACAAGAAAAAGAAGAGAAAGGAGAUGCUAUUAGUAGAAGUUAGUAAACCAACCAUAGAAGAACCUCAGCUCAAGCAGUCAGCAGAUAUAGGUGGAGAAAAUUUAAAAGAAGGAUCCAAUUGUUUUUGGUGAAGAAACUCCAGCAGUAUCCGUAGAUGAGCAUUGCAAGGAAGAAGUUAUUCCUCUUUUGGCAACUAAGAGCGACAUAAAAGAUGGUAUUGUUGAUGAAGGGAACACCGAUCUUGGGAGGUCAAAGAAAGAAAGGUGUAGCUCUUUAUUAUCAGCUGUUACAGAUGUUUCUUCAUGCAAGAAUGCUGCUAAUGAUUCAGAUCAUGCUCAUAGCAUUAGGAGAAAAAAGAGGAAGAAUGAUAUGCGUACUACCAAUGAAGACAAGGCUUCUGAGAGUAUGCUCAUAUGUGACCCUCCUGCAAAUGAGGCUGAAUGUAGAGAUGAAUCUUGUGUUACUGGUGAGGGAAAUCUAACAGGGGAUGUAACUCCUCUUUUAGGGGAAGAACAUGUUGAUGCAAAGAAAAUCCGUGUAUCUGGUGGAGAGAACUUAGAUAUAUCUUCAGAUGCUGGACUAAUGGAAGAAGGAACUGGGCAUGCUGUCUUGAUGGGGAAUAUCCCUUCUUCACCAGUUAGAACAUCUUUUAGUUGUACGAGGAAAAAGCUUCUUGUUCUUGAUUUAAAUGGUAUUCUUGUUGACAUUGUUUCCAACGUGCCUGAUGGAUAUAAAGCAGACAUGUUUAUUGCAAGGAAAGCUCUUUUUAAGAGACCAUUCUGUGAUGAUUUCUUGAAGUUUUUAUUUCAGAACUUCAAUGUGGGUGUCUGGUCAUCAAGAACAAAGAGAAAUGUGGAUAGUGUGGUGGACUUUGUCAUGGGAGAUAUGAAAAAGAACCUGCUAUUUUGUUGGGACCAAUACCACUGUACUGAUACAGGGUACAGCACUCUUGAAAACAGGCAAAAGCUGUUGGUAUUAAAGGAGCUGAAGAAAUUAUGGAAUAAGCAUGACCGGAGUCUUCCAUGGGAAAAGGGUGCAUAUGAUGAAUCAAACACGAUAUUGUUGGAUGAUUCACCGUACAAAGCCUUACGGAAUCCACCCCAUACUGCUAUUUUCCCUCCAUAUAGGUUUGAGGAUGCUGGUGAUAAAUCAUUAGGUCCAGGAGGAGAUCUUCGUGUCUAUCUGGAAGGCUUACUCAAGGCUGAGGAUGUUCAAAAUUAUGUAGAACAACACCGUUUUGGUCAGCGAGCUAUUACUGAUAAGAAUCCAUCAUGGGGAUUCUAUCUUCGAAUUAUUGGUAGGAAUGUGCAGAGCAGAGCCGAUAUCUGUAGCACUUCCAAUCAGGGUUCCAUAUCAUGAAGCUGGAGAAAAGGGCCAUAUCAGUUUUUCCUCAGUAUCAAAGCUACAAAGUCGCAACCAUUGUUCCUAUCAUUGAUUUGUGGAGUUGCUCAAGGUCCCAAUAUCAGAGACCUGAAUCAGGGCAUGAAUGAGAAUUCGACUCGAAGGUGAAUCGGGAUCAUUUCUAAAUUUCAAGAAGAGACCGAGUUCUGUCUAUAAUCAGUUGAGAGUGAGUUAUUUUUCACAAUUGAGGAAUACAAUUUUUUCUCAGUUGGCGAGACAAUAAGUUCUGCAUUUCAACCUCACCUGCUCUUUGAGUAUGGUGAGAGAGGAUACUUCAUAGUUGCUGAGUUUUUUUUUUUUGUUGUUGUAAAAUGGCAUGUCUUGUACUAUAAUCACUAGGAGUGAUUCUGCAUAAACUCAAGUUUAUGAUUGUUUUGGAUAUUGGAAUUUGGUAAGGUUGGAAUGUAAGUUCUUUUUAUCUACAAGCAAUUUAGUGAAAUCUUUUUGCAA